AUGGCCUGGGAGCUGGAGAAGCUUGGACUUGCUUUAGGUCGUAACCAGCCUUUGAAAAAGGAGAAACCAAAAUGGAAAAGCGAUUACCCCAUGACAGAUGGACAACUUCGCAGCAAGAGGGAUGAAUUUUGGGAUACUGCACCAGCGUUUGAAGGCCGCAAAGAGAUUUGGGAUGCUUUGAAGGCCGCAGCACAUGCUUUUGAGAGCAAUGACCAUGAACUGGCACAAGCAAUCAUUGAUGGUGCAAACAUAACAUUACCACAUGGUGCGCUUACUGAGUGCUAUGAUGAACUGGGAAACCGCUAUCAGCUUCCAGUCUAUUGCUUGGCACCACCAAUCAACAUGAUAGAGGAAAAGAGUGACAUAGAGACUCUGGAUAUACCUGAGCCACCACCCAACUCUGGUUAUGAGUGUCAGCUCCGUUUGCGCCUCUCCACCGGAAAAGACCUCAAACUGGUGGUCCGCAGCACAGACACGGUGUUCCACAUGAAGAGGCGGCUGCAUGCAGCAGAAGGCGUGGAACCAGGCAGUCAGCGCUGGUUCUUCUCUGGCAGACCUCUCACAGACAGAAUGAAGCUGGAGGAGCUGAAGAUCCCAAAGGACUACGUUGUGCAGGUUAUCGUGAGCCAGCCUGUGCAGAGCCCGACCCCAGUGGAGAACUGAGCUGGCCCUGCCGACUGGGCCGCUGGCCCUGCCUGCUCCUUUCUACGAUUGCUAAUGUCGGCGCUUCCUACUCUAUGGCGUGAAAUUUAUUUUCACUGCUCUGAAUUCCCUGCAAAUUGAUUUAGUUCUGUGGAAUGACCAGUGAAAAUUUCCAUCUGUGAUGGAGACCCAACAAAAAUAAUUAAUAAAACACAAAGAGCCAGCCUGUGAGACUCAUGUAAUCACAUUUCUUAUUUGAGAGGCAUUAAGAAGUAAGAUACCAUUUAUUUCAAAGCAUCCAACACUUCGCACUGGCCGUGUUGUAGUGAGUAGAACUAUAAACUAAACAGUGCGUCCCUGAAGAACAGCACCUAGCACCUUUCGAAUACAAACUAUUUUUUUAAGAAGUCCAAUUAUACAAUUUUCAGAAAUCAUCAGUGAUACUUAUAAACUGAGGGUUUGGUUUUUGUUAUUUUUUAAGGGGACCUGAAAGCAGUUGCGAUUUGCUUCCAUUCUGCUUUAAUUGAAAGCCAUAAAGGAGUAGAGGAAUGGCAAGUUGUGCUUCAGUGUUGCUUCUCCGUCCCCAUAUGUUGAGCUCCUUAUUUACAGUCACACUAAAUGUUGGUGCCUUCCAUCCUGGUGAUGGCAGCCACCCUUCUGGAACACUCAGCAAUCUGAUUUUCAUUGGAUGCUCAGCUGAGAAGUCUCUUGUCCUUUUGCUGCAUGGGUGUUUUGAACUGUCUAUCAAUAAGCUGUUUGUUUUGGUCACUACUAGAAUGAAGAGGUCACUACUAUAUAAUGCCUUCGUUGAUCUACCUAUUCUGCUCAGAACUUUUCAUAACUAACUGCACCCCAAAUGCAUCAUCCCUGGGCCGGCAAACAACGUUCCCACCACAGAAUACCAGUGUAAUCACCCUGUUCCCUAGUUGGCAGGGAGGGUAUAAGGACAGACCCAGUCUCUCUGUGCUUGAGAGAAUGGUGCCUGUUCUCAGUCUUUGGGGAGAAAACCCAUACUCAGAAUUUACAUGUGUAAAGUCUCACAGGUCACUUACGCAGCAACAGUGAGACUAAACAGGGAGGCAUCCUCUACGCUUCCAUGCUGCCCGCUCCCUGUUACCUCCCGGCAUGGCAGGCAGGUGACACUUCUCUCCCGUCAUCUGUCCCAGCAAAGAAGUAAAUGAUGAACCAUCUACAAAUUGGAUUAGAAGGCUGAGAGACUCGGUGAGGUAACCUGAUUCAUCUGUGUGAUGACAGGUGUACAGCUGCUAGGAAUUGUGUUUCAUUCGGAGUCUUGUUUUUAAAGGUUCUUUAAGAAUUUGGUUCCAUAUGUGAGCAGAGGCUGACUGAUCACUUUAGCCCUGAGCUGAUGAGAUGGAGCGUAGAGGCAAACAGAUGCCUGUGCCAUUCUUGGUUGGACAGUAUCAAACUUCCAUACUUACUUGGAUGUGACACCAGCCCAUUCAUUUUAAUGGCAAAGUGAAAUGGCUAAUCACUUUACAUGUAAUGUUUAAAAUGGUAUUCUAUUUCCUACAGCCUAAUUAGAUAUAUCUAUCAUUGUCAUAUAUCAUGUUUCUAAGAGCUUUACUUCCAUGUUUUAUGCAAUCUUUUUAAGAUUAUGGCUAUAUCUGACUUAGGUUUGUUGAAGAUUGAAUCUGAAUCCAAGAGAAGACGCUGCAUUAUUAGUUCCCAAAGCAAGCUUGUCUGUCAGGAAGUGGGAAGAUGGAACUAUCUCUGUAUGGUGCCUUGGUCAUCACGCGGGCCCUUCUGUCCCUUUGUGCUGCAAUGAACAGCAACAUCUCAAAAGUUUAUCAACUGGAACAAUCAAGUGCUCGGCUUACUUCUCUGCAGUAAAGUUGGUGGUAUCAUCAAUGAUCUAUCAUCGGUACAAGAUGCUUUUUGUUUGCUGUCUCCAGAGUUUAUUUUAUUUUAUUUUAAAGGAACAUAUUUUGAAUCAUAAAUUCUCCAGGCAUGUUUAACUAACCUCGGUGAGAAAACCAUGGUGCUGUUUAAUUUGUAAAUAGAUUGAUGUAAGAUCGGACCAAUACUUGAUGUGUAUAAUUUUAGUAUGUAGGGCUUUUGUGCUUUUUUUAAAAAAGAAAAAAAAAAGCGUUCACCUUU